AUACCUUAUCCAUUUGCAUGUACAUCUUUUAAAAUUUUCUUCUUCGUCUGAUGCUACAUGGCUAAAACCUCUGCAACCCUAGCUGCACAGCUCUCAUAACACUCCUUCCCCUUGGUGGUUGUGUCGCGGGAAUGGAAAAAAACGAUGAUGUCCGUUUCAUCCUGGCCUCCAUCAAAGUCCCUGCUUUGCUUAAAGAUCACCCCACUCACAAACGCUCUGCCCUGCCGUUCGGCCGCCAUGACUUCUCAUUUCACCUUCAAAAAGCCAAAGAAUCCAUUCAUCGAUUGGCUACGUCGCUCAUUCGGUCUUGGGGACAGCCAAAUCUUCUAUGCUCGUCUUCGCUCGCCUUAAAUCGACCUGAGCAGGAGCAGAACCCUCGGCGGCUACAGCACGGUAAGGAGGACGAAGAGCGAGUACUCAUUAGCGAGGUUCUGAUUCGGAACAAGGACGGGGAGGCGCUUGAACGUGCAGACCUCGAGGGUGCAGCCGCCGGCGCACUCAGGUUUAGUCGCCCUAAUUCUGCUUUAACGGUGCGAGAAGUACAGGAGGACGUGCACCGCAUCAUUGAUAGCGGCGUCUUUUGUUCCUGUAUGCCAGUCGCUGUGGACACGCGGGAUGGGAUUCGGUUGGUUUUCCAGGUUGAACCUAAUCAAGAGUUUCAUGGUUUAGUGUGUGAAGGAGCAAAUGUUCUUCCCUCAAAAUUCUUGGAGGAUGCAUUUCGUGAUGGAUAUGGAAAAAUAGUCAAUAUACGACAUUUGGACAAAAUUAUCAAGUCCAUCAAUGGGUGGUAUAUUGAGCGUGGAUUGUUUGGAAUGGUUUCAGAUGUUGAAAUUCUUUCUGGCGGCGUACUAAAGCUACAAGUCUCUGAAGCUGAGGUCAAUAAUAUCAACUUACGCUUUCUUGAUAGAAAAACUGGUGAGCCAACAGAAGGGAAGACCAAAACUGAGACUAUACUUCGACAACUCACAACCAAGAAGGGACAGGUUUAUAGUUUACUUCAAGGAAGAAGAGAUGUAGAAACAAUUUUAACUAUGGGAAUAAUGGAAGAUGUGACAAUUAUUCCACAACCAAGCUCAGAUGGACGUAAGGUGGAUUUGGUAAUGAACCUGGUUGAGCGUCCAAGUGGUGGUUUCUCUGCAGGUGGGGGAAUAUCAAGCGGGAUUACAAAUGGCCCUCUUUCAGGACUCAUUGGGAGCUUUGCUUAUUCUCAUAGGAAUGUUUUUGGGAGAAAUCAGAAGCUCAACCUUUCACUAGAAAGGGGGCAAAUUGAUUCCAUCUUUCGAAUAAAUUAUAGUGAUCCAUGGAUCGAAGGAGAUGACAAAAGAACGUCUAGAACUAUAAUGAUUCAGAAUUCAAGGACUCCAGGAACUAUUGUCCAUGGGGGUCAACAAUCAGGCCAUAGCAGUUUGACGAUCAGACGAGUUACUGCUGGAAUUGAAUUAAGUCGCCCAGUUAGACCCCAAUGGAGUGGAACAGUUGGUAUAAUAUUUCAGCAUGCUGGUGCGAGUGAUGAUAAAGGCAAUCCCAUUAUCAGAGAUAUUUAUAAUUGCCCUUUAACCGCGAGCGGCAAUACAUAUGACCAAAUGCUGAUUUCAAAACUUGAAGGUGUAUAUACAGGCUCUAAUGACUAUGGAUCUUCAAUGUUUUCCUUCAACGUGGAACAGGGGAUUCCAUUACAUUCUGAAUGGCUAUGUUUCAACCGUGUGACUGCUCGUGCUAGGCAAUGGCUAGAAGUGGGCCCAUUACGAUUCCUUUUAAGCUUAUCUGGCGGCCAUGUGGUGGGAAAUUUCUCUCCUCAUGAAGCAUUUGCAAUAGGCGGAACCAACAGUGUAAGGGGAUACGAAGAAGGUGCCUUGGGUUCUGGACGAUCAUAUGCUGUUGGGAGUGCAGAGAUGUCUUCCCGCUUGGUUGGACCGGUAGAAGUUGUUUUGUUCGGUGAUUAUGGUAGUGAUUUUGGUUCAGGCUCAACUGUUCCAGGUGAUCCUGCUGGAGCAAGGGGAAAGCCUGGCUAUGGCCAUGGGUACGGCGUGGGCAUUCGUGUGGACUCUCCUUUGGGGCCCCUCCGCCUGGAAUAUGCCCUUAAUGACAAAUAUGCGAGGAGGUUCCAUUUUGGAGUCGGCCAUAGGAACUAAAAGUUUUGGUCUCCUCCCCCAAAAUUAACCUCAGGUUUUAUAUUCUCAAUAUAUGCUUUCCUUAGCGAGGUUCAAUUAGCUUGAGAAGAAUCAAUGGAUGAAAAUUUUGAUUAUUUGUUAAGCUCUUUCCACUUCCAUUCAUUUUAAUUUACCUCACUCUGCUUUCAAACUUUUAACUACGUCUUGCAGCAGUAUUUCGUCAAAUUUCAGUACUAGCCUGUUACAGAAAAAGCCUGUAAAAAGAUGGCUGUUUUUUCAUGCCCUAAUCUAAAUAUAUUUCUCAUUUUUUAUUGGAAUAUAUCCCACAAUAGGAAUUUAGAA